AACUUCCUCCUUAGUAUCCCAGUUUGUGUGAAAGCGAGUAAGUCGCCUGGCUCUGCAUUUCACCCAUCUUUCUGUGCUUGUCUUAAAGUGCUCUCCAUCGGCAUUCUCAUUUGGCUCACAUUGGUGGAAUACACUGGCUGGUGUUGUGGAAUCUGUCCUUAUUGUUGGUAGAGGUGGCACAUUCCAAGAAAUCGCAGCUAAGACGGAGCGUUUUCAAGCAUGAACCGGGCAUUUAACAGGAAAAAAGAUAAAUCAUGGAUGCACACUCCAGAAGCGCUGGCUAAGCAUUUUAUACCGUACAAUGCCAAGUUUCUGGGGAAUACGGAGGUUGAUCAACCCAAAGGUACAGAAAUUGUGAAAGAUGCUGUCAGAAAGCUCAAGUUUCAGAGGCACAUUAAGAAGUCAGCAGGUCAGAAGACCCCAAAAGUGGAAUUACAAAUCUCUAUCUAUGGAGUGAAAAUAUUAGAUCCUAAAUCAAAAGAAGUACAAUUCAACUGUCAGUUACACCGGAUAUCCUUCUGUGCAGAUGAUAAAACGGACAAAAGGAUAUUCACGUUCAUUUGCAAAGAUUCAGAGUCCAACAAACAUCUCUGCUAUGUGUUUGACAGUGAAAAAUGUGCAGAGGAGAUAACUUUGACCAUCGGCCAAGCAUUUGACUUGGCAUACAAGAAGUUUCUGGAAUCUGGGGGAAAAGAUGUAGAGACAAGGAAACAGAUAGGAGGCCUGCAGAAAAGAAUUCAAGAUCUUGAAGCUGAAAAUUCAGAGUUGAAGAAGCAUUUACAAGUCUUAGAGGAGCAACUCAUGAUUGCUCAAGUUCCUCCUCUUCUUCAUAUUAACUCUUCUAAUGAGGCGUAUAUGCUUCAGAGACCCUCCUCUCUCUUCUGGUGUCACAAUGUGACAUCGUUCUCUUGUCUCGAAAUCUCUUCUGUUACACUAACGCCAAUGAGCUCACCUGACUCUAACCUUUCUGCUGGUCUUCUGACUCCUCCACCUGCUAAACCAGCUCUGUCAAAGCCUUCCAGUGGAGACAGCAUUCCUCGCCCUCCUGGAAACAACAUAUCCUCAAAGACGCCCACGGACAUAUUUGACAUGGUUCCAUUUUCUCCAAUGACCCCACUGGUUCCUUUACCAGCAAGUAAUGGCUCAGCCCCUCCAACCCCAGCGAGGCCUACAGAGAUGAGAAGAGACCUGUUCGGUGCAGAACCAUUUGACCCUUUCACAUGUGGGGCAGCUGACUUCCCCCCCGACAUCCAGUCCAAGCUGGACGAGAUGCAGGAGGGGUUCAAAAUGGGACUGACAGUAGAGGGCACUGUCUUUUCCCUUGAUCCACUUGAUGGUCGCUGCUGAUUUCAAGAUGAUGUUCUUGUCACAUUCUUGUUAAACCAUUUGUAUUAAAGUGCCAAACUCGGGUUUACAGUCAAAAUGUCAAUGUCUUAUCUUGCGUUUUUUUUUUUUUUUAUGUAUUUGCAUUUGAAUUUGGUUUACAAAAUUAUAUUGAAAAAUAAGCAGUAGUAGAUGACUAUUUUUGUAAGAACUAAACUAAAACUAAACUAAACUAAAACUGAAAUAGUAAUGGUGUUUUAACACCCCUUGCUUGUACAAGCAAUGUAAUUACCAUGUAAGAAAGUGUCAAAUGUAAAAGUAUUUCCAAUUGCACACAAGUUUCACAACCAUUAUCAAACACGCAUGCCAUUUUUUUUUUUUUUCAGAUCUAUAUGGCAGAUAGUAAUUCAUUGUAUAAUGUCAUGUUACAACUCUUAAAUAUUGUUAUUUCUCUUUCCGUUAUUUUGUAUAUAUCUAUAUAUAUAUUUUAACACAAUGCAUUACCAUAUAUAAGACAUGGGAUAAACAACUCUUUUAUAUUAAACACAGGUCACAUGUAAAAUGAUGAUAUUGUUUUUGUUUAUUGCAAUGGAUUCAUGAAAGUAUUUUUUAACUUAACAGCAGUGCCAUAAAUUGCAGGAUAAGACUAUUUCCACAUUAACCUGUACUUGUAUUGCUGUUCAUUUUAUAUGAUCUAUUUUAGUAUACUCUUGCACAAGGAAGCACUUUGUAAGAGCUCUGUUCAUGUAUUAUUGUUAAUUCACUUUGUAAGAAUUACUUUUGCCUUUGUUGUUGUAGUCAUUAAAAGGAAACUGUACAGAUUCUGUGUAAUUUGUUUUAUAAAAUGCCUUUCUAAAACCUUCCCCUUCAUUAAAUAAGAGACCCCUUUUUUAGCAAAUUCAGCAAAUCUUCACCAACAUGCUGUAGUGUUGAAGUAAUUUAUUAAGAUUGGACAAUAAUAUAUCAAAAGUACAUUAUAAAGGAAUUGUAAAAUUACAGUAAAAUCAUCAUGUAGUUCAAAUAUAUUCCUGUUUUUGACACUUUUUUUCCCCCACACACUUUCAUGACUACAUAGGUUUUUUUCAUAUGUGUGUGUGUGUGUCCAAAAUGCAAAACUGCUCUCUUAAACAUUAGUAUAAUGCUUGAAAUGCUGCGUUUGCCACUUUCUUAUGUUUCUUGGUUUAUUUUUCAAAUGUCAGAAUAUUAUAGCUUUGCACUGCACUUGUCUCAAUUAAAAGUACGUCCUUCUGAAGAGAGCCACAUAUUGGAGCAUGUUACCCCAUUCUUCUUUUGGUAAGAUGCUAUUUCCCAUCCUUUUGAAUAUUUAACAAAGUUGAGCAUCAAUCUGUGCAAUUGUUGUGGAAGCUGUCUGCAAUUGUUUCCUGUCUGGAUUACAUCUCUACAAAGUACAUUUCCAUAACAAUUAAAACUGGCACAAUCAAAAGCACACUUUAUGAAAAGUUCCCAUGUUUUUAGAAUUAUUUUAUUUUUCGAAAUAAUGCUAUUAUUCAUAAUUAAAUAUUACAUAAAAAAGCACAAAAAUGUGUUUUGAACAAGUACUAUUACUGCCAUGUCUCAUUAUUUACUCAAAGCAAAACAGCAACUAAAAACAUUAACAAAUCCUGACAAUUCGUGAAUAAAUCACUCUUAGUUACCCAGCAUUUGUUGACAACAAUUUAAGUCUAAAACACAUAGAAAACAUAAAGGCCAAGCAAUAUCAUACAAAUGUUUUAAAAAUGUCCAAAGCAGCAAAUCUAUCAAUGGUUCAUUCAUUAUCAUUUUAUUAUGUAAAAUAUAUAUUUUCAUGCUUAAAAGGCAAGAAAAGAAACAUAUGCUUCUACAUAAGUCAAUAAAGAAUAGAAAGUGAAAGGAAUAUAUUUUCUGUUGAUUCAAUAAAAUGGGAAACGGUAAUAUGCAUUUUUAAUUUGCAAAGCAAGUACAUGGGAUGAGCUUUCAAGCCAUACCAAAUGGCGUAAGAGUUAUAAAAUGCUAAUCGGAUAAAAAAAAAAGAAAA